GAAAAACUGACAACUGAACCCAUAGCUAUCUGUCCAAAUAAUUUAUAAUUUCCUUUUUUUAAUUCUUAGAAUGCAAAAGUGUUCGAAAUAUCGAAUUUGAUAUUUUCCCUCGAAGGUUCUACUGGAAGUUUGUGUGAAAUGUAUAGAAUGUAAAAUUAUUUAUUUCUAGAUGUUGCGUUUAUUAAUUUUGACAACGGUGGCAAAUGUACUAAGAGUAAACUCUAGCACAACCGUACCUAUCACGAUGGCACUGAAAGCUGCAGAUUUCGAAGUCUUUGGAAGGGUCCAGGGCGUUUUCUUUCGAAAGUAUACCAAAGAGCAAGCCGACAAGUUGGGUUUGCGAGGCUGGUGCAAGAAUACGGCGCAAGGCACUGUACUAGGACACAUGCAAGGACCAUCGGAUAAAGUGGAAACAAUGAUACACUGGCUGAAAACAACUGGUAGCCCGAGCAGCAAAAUUGAUAAAGCCGAAUUCAGAAACCAGAAGGACAUUACUGAGUAUACAUUUGAGAAUUUUAGUAUUCUAAGAGAUUAAUUUAUUGAAUCUCUCGCGUAUGCCCAAAGCGAAUACAGUGCUUUCAGUAAAUAUUGCGACUGGACCUCGCAGUUAUUUAUAUAAAUCAUAAAAUGAAGUUUACUUGAUACUCCCAGCAAUUGUAUUGCUAGCUGAUUCGUUUAAAACUAAAAAUUAUUAUUUUAAUGCCAGACAUACCAUAUUAGCUUUGGGUUUUAGCCCCGUGUGAUAAUAUUGCAUAAUAUGUAUUUGUUUUAGUAUUGUUAUAUUGUUUUACACAUUUACACAAAUUAUACGUUUAAACCCGA